AUGUUCUACUUCUGCAACGUGAGCAGUGGUGGAGCAGCAACCAAGGUCAUUGGCCGAUCUCAGACGCUGAGUGUCGAGGUGGGUAUCACCACCGUCCUGAGCUUUACUGUCUACGAGUGCCCGGAGCCUGUGUUUACUCCGGAGACUGCCCGAUGCCUCGGCUUGUUGAGGGUGCCUGUGGAACGCCUGGCAGAGCGCUACUCCUCCGGUAUCUUUCAGCAGUGGUUCAACCUGGACACGACUACGGACCCCCGGAUGCCUGCUGGAGAUCUACAGAGCCUCGUUAGCCGUUUCGAGCAGUCUUACGCCGAUGCGGUGGCGGACGUCUACCAGCCCAAGAUCUGCUUGUCGGUCAUUGGCACUGCUUUCGAGGUGCAGCGCGGCACUCGGCAGACGUGCUCCAUCUUUGUGGGUGAGGACGUGAAAACUCAGGCUGGCCCGGACCUAAAGGCACUCAUCGCAUCGCACAAGCAGCAGGCCGCAUACAUCGACGCUCUGCACGAAGAGAUCCGCCGCUUUAACGUGCCGUCCUAUCGUCCACUGGCCGCCAGCAUGGGAAUGCAGGGCUCGAUGAAACCGCCGCCCACAAUGCCAGGGCAGGGCUCGAUGCCACCGCCCAUCUCGUCCAACAUCGCACCGAUGGCAUAG